AUGACUCUAAAACUUGAUAUGAGUAAGGCGUACGAUCGCGUUGAAUGGACUUUUGUGAAGCACGUUGUUGAAAGAUUGGGUUUUGUUGAGGGGUGGGUUCAACAGAUCAUGACAUGCUUGUCUUCUGUAAAAUACUUGUUCAAGUGGAAUAAUCAGAUUACGGGCUCGGUAGUACCAUCUCGUGGACUACGACAAGGGGAUCCUAUCUCCCUGUAUCUUUUUCUUCUUUGUGCUGAAGCCUUUUCUACUCUUCUUGUGAAGGCGACUAAGGAAAAUUUCGUUACUGGUGUGUUGGUGUGUAGGGAGCACCGAGACUUUCCCGUCGGUUUUUCGCAGAUGAUGGUAUCUUAUCCUCUAGAGAGACAACUGAGGAAUGCUCAAAGAUUGCUGAGAUCAUUAGUACUUAUGAACGAGCUUCGGGGCAAAAGAUCAAUUUUGAUAAAUUUGAGGUGA